GCCCCUUUUCCUCGAGGAAGCUCAGCCCCUGGGGCCGCCUGCUUCUUUCCUCCCCUUCCAGGCGGUGCGCUGCGCUGGGGACGGGCUCGCUCCCUUCCUCCCUUCCACUUGCGCCCUUUCUCCCUCCUGGUCCCAGCCCAAGGAGGGCAGUCGGUCGUCGGCAUGGCCCGGCAGUGGCGCCACGGGGGCCCAGGGGCCGGAUCCCCCGCACUCCUGCUCCUCACGCUCUUCUCCCUGCCCUUGGCCGCCCCGCAGCAGCCCCCUCCUCCGGCCCCUUCCUCGGCGCAGAGGGGCAGCAGCGUGUGGUGCCCGAGCCGGUGCCUCUGCUUCCGGACCACGGUGCGCUGCAUGCACCUCGCCCUCGAGAGCGUCCCCGCCGUCUCGCCCCAGACCUCCAUCCUGGACCUGCGAUUUAACAGAAUCAAGGAAAUUCAACCUGGUGCAUUCAGACGGCUUAAAAAUCUGAAUACAUUACUUCUAAACAACAAUCACAUUAAAAGAAUACCAACUGGAGCAUUUGAGGACCUUGAGAAUCUAAGAUAUCUCUAUUUGUACAAGAAUGAAAUCCAGUCAAUUGACAGGCAAGCAUUUAAAGGACUUGCCUCUCUAGAACAACUGUAUCUGCACUUUAACCAGAUUGAAACAUUGGAACCAGAAUCAUUUACCCACCUUCCCAAACUUGAAAGAUUGUUUUUGCACAACAACAGAAUCUCUCACCUAACUCCUGGGACGUUUAGUCAUUUGGAAUCUAUGAAACGACUCCGUCUGGAUUCAAACGCACUUCACUGUGACUGUGAAAUACUGUGGCUGGCAGAUCUGUUGAAAACAUACGCAGAAUCUGGUAAUGCACAAGCUGCAGCAACCUGCGAAUAUCCAAGAAGGAUCCAAGGAAGAUCGGUAGCUACAAUAACACCUGAAGAACUUAACUGUGAGAGGCCAAGAAUUACGUCAGAGCCUCAAGAUGUAGAUGUUACCUCAGGGAAUACCGUUUACUUCACUUGCAGAGCUGAAGGCAACCCCAAACCUGAAAUUAUUUGGCUGAGAAACAAUAAUGAACUGAGCAUGAAAGCAGAUUCUCGCUUAAACUUGCUUGAUGAUGGCACUCUCAUGAUUCAGAAUACUCAAGAGACAGACCAAGGCAUUUACCAAUGCAUGGCCAAAAAUGUGGCAGGAGAAGUGAAAACCCAAGAAGUUACCCUGCGCUACUUUGGUUCACCAGCUAGGCCAAGUUUUGUGAUUCAUCCACAAAAUACUGAGGUCCUAGUUGGGGAAAGUGUAACUCUGGAAUGUAGCUCAACUGGUCAUCCCCAGCCACGAAUCACAUGGACAAAAGGUGACAGGACACCACUGCCAAGUGACCCCCGCAUCACAAUAACUCCAUCAGGAGGGCUUUACAUCCAAAAUGUGGCCCAGGAAGACGGUGGCGAGUAUACCUGUUUUGCAACCAACAGUAUAGACAGUAUCCAUGCAACUGCAUUCAUCAUAGUGCAAGCUGUACCUCAAUUUACUAUGACUCCUCAAGACAGAAUAGUGAUUGAAGGACAAACAGUUGACUUCCCUUGUGAGGCACAGGGAUAUCCACAGCCUGUCAUCGCCUGGACUAAAGGAGGGAGCCAGCUCUCUGUAGAUAGAAGGCACUUAGUCUUGUCCUCUGGAACCCUGAGGAUUUCCAGAGUAGCUUUACAUGACCAAGGCCAGUAUGAAUGCCAAGCGGUCAACAUUGUGGGAUCCCAGAGGAUUGCUGUACAUCUCAAUGUACAACCUAGAGUGACUCCUGUCUUUGCUAAUGUUCCACGUGAUAUGACAGUAGACGUUGGGACAAAUGUACAGAUUCCGUGUAGUUCUCAAGGAGAGCCUGAGCCUGUAAUAACAUGGAAUAAGGAUGGUGUUCAGGUCACAGAGAGUGGGAAAUUUCAUAUUAGCCAAGAGGGAUUUCUUACUAUUCGUGAUGUUGGGCCAGCAGAUCAAGGCCGUUAUGAAUGUGUUGCAAGGAAUACCAUUGGAUACUCUUCAGUUAGCAUGGUAUUAAGUGUGAAUGUUCCUGAUGUUAGCCGAAAUGGAGAUCCAUAUGUUGCAAGCUCAAUUGUUGAAGCAAUCGCUACUGUAGACAGAGCAAUAAACUCAACACGUACACAUUUGUUCGACAGUCGCCCUCGUUCUCCAAAUGAUUUGCUAGCCUUGUUUCGAUACCCAAGAGAUCCUUACACUAUUGAGCAAGCAAGAGCUGGAGAGAUAUUUGAAAGGACAUUACAGCUAAUUCAAGAACACGUGCAAGAUGGUUUAAUGGUUGACCUGAAUGGAACAAGCUAUCACUAUAAUGAUCUUGUAUCUCCACAAUACUUGAAUCUGAUAGCUAACCUUUCAGGCUGCACUGCCCAUAGGCGUGUGAAUAACUGUUCAGAUAUGUGCUAUCACCAGAAAUACAGAACACAUGAUGGUACCUGCAACAAUCUGCAGCAUCCAAUGUGGGGAGCCUCUCUCACUGCCUUUGAACGUUUGUUGAAGUCGGUCUAUGAAAAUGGAUUUAAUCUACCAAGGGGUGUCAGAACUAACCGGCGAUAUAAUGGAUACACCCUUCCAAUGCCACGCUUAGUUUCAACCACUCUGAUAGGCACUGAAACAAUAACCCCUGAUGACCAGUUUAGUCAUAUGCUUAUGCAAUGGGGCCAGUUCCUGGAUCACGACCUUGACUCCACUGUUGUUGCCCUAAGUGAAGCCAGGUUUUCUGAUGGUCAGCAUUGCAGCUCUGUUUGCACCAAUGAUCCUCCAUGUUUCUCCAUCAUGAUCCCACCGAAUGACCCUCGAGUCAGAAAUGGGGCACGGUGCAUGUUUUUUGUGCGUUCAAGCCCAGUCUGUGGAAGUGGUAUGACAUCCCUUUUAAUGAAUUCUGUUUAUCCAAGAGAACAGAUCAACCAGUUGACUUCCUAUAUUGAUGCAUCUAAUGUUUAUGGCAGUUCAGAACAUGAAGCACAGGAAAUCCGAGACCUAGCAAGUCACAGGGGCCUCCUGAGACAGGGCAUUGUACAGCGAUCUGGGAAGCCUCUUCUUCCAUUUGCUACUGGCCCUCCAACAGAAUGUAUGAGGGAUGAGAAUGAAAGCCCUAUUCCUUGCUUCUUAGCUGGGGACCACCGUGCCAAUGAACAGCUGGGUCUCACCAGCAUGCAUACACUGUGGUUUAGAGAACACAACAGAAUCGCCACAGAGUUGCUAAAACUUAAUCCACACUGGGACGGUGAUACAAUAUAUCACGAAACACGCAAAAUUGUUGGUGCAGAAAUGCAGCACAUAACCUACAGCCACUGGCUGCCUAAAAUAUUGGGUGAAGUAGGCUUAAAAAUGCUUGGUGACUAUAAAGGUUAUGACCCCAAUAUUAAUUCUGGCAUAACUAAUGAGUUUGCAACUGCCGCUUUCAGGUUUGGUCAUACAUUGAUCAAUCCCAUACUGUAUAGGCUGGAUGAAAACUUUGAACCCAUUCCACAAGGCCAUAUACCUCUUCAUAAAGCGUUCUUCUCUCCAUUUCGGAUUGUAAACGAAGGAGGAAUUGAUCCACUUCUAAGAGGGUUGUUUGGUGUUGCUGGUAAAAUGCGUGUGCCAUCUCAAUUGCUGAAUACAGAAUUGACAGAGAGACUUUUCUCCAUGGCACGAGCAGUAGCUUUAGACCUGGCUGCAAUGAACAUUCAAAGAGGAAGAGAUCAUGGAAUCCCACCUUAUCACGAUUUUAGAGUUUAUUGUAAUCUUUCUUCAGCACACACAUUUGAAGACUUGAAAAAUGAAAUUAAGAAUCCAGAAAUAAGAGAGAAAUUGAGAAGAUUAUAUGGUUCACCACUAAACAUAGAUUUAUUUCCUGCUCUUAUGGUAGAAGAUUUAGUUCCGGGUAGCAGACUGGGACCAACACUGAUGUGCCUGUUGAGCACACAGUUUAGACGGCUUCGAAAUGGAGACAGGCUGUGGCAUGAGAAUCCUGGUGUGUUUACUCCAGCUCAGUUGACUCAGAUCAAGCAGGCAUCCCUUGCUAGAAUUCUGUGUGACAAUGGAGACAAUAUAACCAAAGUCCAACGUGAUGUUUUCAGGGUGGCUGAGCUUCCACAUGGAUAUGGGAGCUGCCAUGAAAUUCCUAAAGUUGAUCUCAGAAUGUGGCAAGAUUGCUGUGAAGACUGCAGAACCAGAGGACAAUUCAAUGCAUUCUCUUACCACUUUAGAGGAAAACGUUCUCUUGAUUACAGUUUCCGUGAAGACAAACCUUCAAAGCAUGUGAAAAUGUCAAGAACAAGUUUUGCCAGAGAGGAUAUCCUUUUAAAUAGUUCAAUUUCAUCCUUUGUUGAGCGCAAGAAAGGACCUAUAAUGAAUGACUUCAAAGAAUUUGUUGGAGAUAUGCAAAAAACUAUUACAGACCUCAGAAAACAGAUAAAGAAACUUGAAUCACGGCUCAGCAGGACUGAAUGCACUGAUGAAAAUGGCAAAUCUUAUUCCAGUACUGAGACCUGGAAAAAAGACCCAUGUACCACAUGUGAAUGCAAGGUCGGCCAGAUAACCUGUUAUGUGGAAUCGUGUCCACCCAAUGAUUGCGCUACACCUGUGAAGCUCAAAGGAGUUUGCUGUCCUGUCUGCUUAAAACAAACUAUUAGAAAGGCAAAUAAGCCUUAAGUCUGCUUUGCAACUGUCACAUAUCAAGUCAUAUGGAUAUCUGCUGAUGGCAAAUACAGGUAAUAGUAGGCUUAAAACCACAACAGCAAAUCAAGACAAUACAGGACAGCAUUCAAAUGAUGGUGUAACAGUACCAGAUAAUGUGUGAUUUUACUUGGCAGCCCAUUUAAAAGCCACAGUGUGAAAGUAUUGAAAGGGAAUAUACAAUACAGGUCAAGAUAACUUUGUGUUAAAAUUUCUCAGGUUCAGCAAACUGAAAAUUGGUACUACUUUUUAAAAAUAAGCCUUUCUCAAGUAGUUUGAGUCCCCCAGUGCCAUUCAUAUUUCUGCAUACACUGGUAGGCAAAAGCCAGUACCAGUCCAUUGAAAGAAAAGGGGGAGCCACAGCUUUGUUGUUGUUGUUGUUGUUGUUGUUGUUCUUUUAAAAUAUUCCUUCUGACCCAGUGUUGAUACCUUUCUUGCCAGCUGUCUUGGACCUUGUUGAAAAUGGUAUUAAAUCCUCGUGAGAUGAACAUUGAUUAAGUAAAGCAGCUAGUGGUGCUAUGAUUUCAGCCAGUCAGCCAGUCUCUCUUCCUAUGGCAGUGCCACAUCUAGGGGAGAACAUACAUUUUGCAAUAGGUUUUUCCCUGGAUCACUGUUAGUAUUAAUGUCUUAUCCUGUACAUUGCCUUUAAUUAUCCUGUCUUCCUUUCUUAAAGUAGUGCCUAAGAGACUGAUGCAAAACAUGUGCCUGAUUACAAGUGAGCAGCUCACUGAGCCCUGCCGCAAACAUUCAUAUAUCAAACAAUAUAUUCACACUGCACAUAUCUAUAUAGUGAAGUGGCAGGGAAGGACACUGCUGGAAUACACACAAUUGUAUUUUUUUAGCAGUAGAUUGUAGAGAAGACCUCUAUGGAUCAAUAACCAAGAUAACUUUUAGCCUGAAUUACAAGUCUCUUUGUGAUUAUUCCAGAUCCCUCUUGAUUCACUUAACUGUUAACUCUUUACUGUGAGAGUGUGUUGUUUGCAUUCGUCCAUCAGAAAUGUCCCUAUCUUUCACCUAAACAUAUAGGAAUAGCUUCCGACCUCUAGUACCACAGAGACACAAUGAAGUGGAAGGAGCAAGCUUGCCUGACUUCAGAGUUUAAUUUUUAGAGAAGAGUCUAAAGGUCUGCUGGAAACAGCACUAAAUUAUCUAUCAUGUUCUGUAUAGAGGCAGGCAAUCUAUUGUCCACCCUUAUGUUGUUCAAUGGCCAUCAUCAGCUCUAGCCAAAAUGGCAAAUGGUGAAGGAUGAUUGAAGUUGCCUUCUACUAACUCCAGAGUUUGAAGAUAGUAGGUCCCCUCCAACUCUUGGUAGAGUUCAACUUUGUAAAUUUGUGGUACAAAUUAAAACUGCCCUCACAGGUACAGUUUCUUGGUUCAUAACAACUCUCUAUGUACUGGGCAGCUGUUAUUCUGGAGUUACUGAAUAACCAUGAUACUGAAAAAUCCAGUUUGACCUAGUGAAAUCUCUAAACACAAUAUUAGCAUUUUGGCAUUCUUGCCCAAAUCUGAAUGCAUCAUUCUUUUUUUGGAUGAUGAUAACAAAAUCAAGACAUCAUGGAUGAUGUCUAUACUUCUCACAUAGUUCUUUCUCAUACACAAACACACUCCAUGCUAUGGACAGUAAAAGCAAACUUAAAAAAAACAUUUUAUGUGAUUUUUAUCUGAGGUCACCCAGUGGGAUUUCAUGGCUGAUUUGAGAUAUGAACCCUGUUCUCUACGGUUGUAAUCCAACACUCAAACCAUUACAUCACACUGAAGAUUUCACUUCACUUUCUGGCUCUGUGAUCACUGGAUUUGAAAAAAAAAUGGCUUGUUGUGGAAACAAGGAUUGGUGAGAAAGCUUCAGUGGAAACCCCUUUUCCCCAUGAGAACUCUUUCAGGAGUGAAUUUCCCUCCCAAGGGAUAGAUUUCUCUCACUUCUUCUUGUCUCACCUCAAUUUUUAACCAUGAGUUGUUUUUAGGUCAGGUGUGUGUAACUUAGGGACUUCCUGUACUAUGGCAUAAUUUAUGAAAAAAUAUAUCCGAGAGAAGCCUUACCAAAUUGGAAUUGGCUGCUCCUUCACAUUAAAAAGAUACUCGUUUAUUUUUAAAAUUGAUUUGCUUUGCAUAGUCCCAGUGUUCUCCCAUUGUCAUUAUACCAGAAAUCAUGUUAAUAAUUACAAUUAUGUGAAUCUCUGUACCUAAUCAAGCUUGCUUGAAUGCACUGUCAAAUAUGUGUCUGUGUUGCCAUUGUUUACUUUUUUAAAUCUUCCAUAUUGCUUCUUUAUAACCAACAGGUAUUAUUACAUUACGUGAAGGAAAACACUCAUACCUCAUUCAACAGAAAUGUUUGGCUUCAUUUAUGGUGCUUAUCACUGAGAACAAGUCUUGGUUUUCAUGGAAUUUAGCAGUAUUUCCAUGAAAUCCCAUGAUAUCUUUAAUGGUAAAAAUAGAGCUGAAGUAAUUUGAGUUUAAAUCAUUAGAAUUUAGGAAUCAAGAUAGAAAGAAUUAAUGCCCUAUGAAAAAAAUGGUCUUUUUCAGAUUGUGUAUUAAUAUUUUAUGACAAUGCCAAACAUUUUUCAUUUAAAAAAUAACCAAAAACAUGGGGAUAGGAACAAUAUCUGUCAAUGGCACUGGUAAGCAAAAUGUGUUAGGACCACAUAUGGAAUGACAUAUCAUAGUAUAAUGAAUUGCUUAGGGCUGCAAUUGCUAAUGAACUUACUUGGAUGUAAGCUGCAUAAAACAUAGGUGAAGAGACCGAGUUCCUAGUAACAUACACAAGAUUACACUAUGAGGCAAUUUUAUAGAUAAUGUGCCCAUGCAUUAAGAUGUGUAUUUUCAAGUAUCAUAAAUUAUUUUAGAGGUGAUCUCUUUUGAUUUCCCAAUAUACAUAUUAGGUUUUUAUUGAAAAUCCACAUUAUGCUUUUGUUUUCCAAACUGUUACAUUUCCUACACAUCUAGAGAAGUUUUGAAAUGAGAACCCUGCUAUUAUUGAAGCAUGUUGCUAGCGUUAGGAAACCAGAUAUCCUGUAAUCAUACUUUUAUUCCCAGUGCUGUUUUGUUGCAAAGAAACUGCUCAGGUAUUGUGUAGCUCAAUCCUAUUCGUGUUUAUUCAGAAGUAAGUCCCAUUUUAGUUCAGUGGGGUUUGCUCCCUGGUAAGUGGAUAUAGGAUUGCAGCUUCAGUCAUUUAAAAAUAUCUUUUCCACUGAUGCAUUAACCAAACAUACCUCUGGUUUUCCUCGUUGAAAUAAAAUGGAAAUCUAAAUCAGUAUUUCUUCAUAUAGUAUGUAAAAUGGUAUAAAUGUCAGCAUUUAUUGCUACUAAACAUCUGAUGGUAAACUGGAUUAGGAAAUAGGUUUGAUUAUAAAAAUUUAAAAGAAAAUGUAAUUUUAAAAAAUAUGUUCUGUGGAUUAAAAGUGCAUAUAACAUUUUUCAGACAGUGGCCAAUGGCUGAAUGAUAAUUUCCUGGAAUUUUUUCAGUUGUGGUUGUUUCAUAUUUAUUUUCUUAUUCUUUUUUUUAGAAAACCAAUCUCCUACCAAAAAUGAAAUCUUAGUUAAUUUUUAUUGUACUUAAAUAAAUCUACCAAAGAAUUGUUUGCACUGUUAUGAAUGCUUUUCAUUUACAAUAAACAGGUCACAUUUUUA